UAAAACCUGGUGCCCCCCACGCCCCGCCCGGCGCAGCGCCCCCUUCCUUGGCUGCGCCUGGAGGGGAACCGAAAGGACAGGGUGCGCGGGAGGCACGCAGAGCUUGGGGCUGCCUGCGCUCGCAUCGCCUGGGGAAUUGGCUGUGGGCGAGGCAGUCCCGGCUGCCCUUUAUCGCUCGCUGGGCUCGUCUUUUGAAACUUUAUCAGUGAGUCUCACCACUAGCCGCAGACGCGAGCGGCGGGGGGGCGGGGGCGCAGAGGCGCCGGCAGCCGUGACGAGGCGCUCCCGGAGCUGAGCGCUUCUGCUCCGGGCACGCAUGGCGCCCGCACACGGAGUCUGACCUGAUGUAGACGCAAGGGGGUUAAUAUGAACGUCCCUCUCGGUGGAAUCUGGCUCUGGCUCCCUCUGCUCUUGACCUGGCUCACUCCUGAGGUCAGCUCUUCAUGGUGGUACAUGAGAGCUUCAAGUGGCUCCUCUAGGGUGAUGUGUGACAAUGUGCCAGGCCUGGUGAGCCGCCAGCGUCAGCUGUGCCACCGACACCCAGACGUGAUGCGCGCUAUUGGCCUGGGUGUGGCUGAGUGGACAGCGGAGUGCCAGCACCAGUUCCGCCAGCACCGCUGGAACUGCAAUACCCUGGACAGAGACCACAGCCUCUUUGGCCGGGUCCUCCUCCGAAGUAGUCGGGAAUCUGCUUUUGUUUACGCCAUCUCCUCAGCUGGAGUUGUAUUUGCCAUCACCAGGGCCUGUAGCCAAGGAGAGUUAAAGUCCUGUUCCUGCGACCCCAAGAAGAAAGGAAGUGCCAAGGACAGCAAAGGCACCUUUGACUGGGGUGGCUGCAGCGACAACAUUGACUAUGGGAUCAAGUUCGCCCGUGCGUUUGUAGACGCCAAGGAAAGGAAAGGGAAGGAUGCCCGAGCCUUGAUGAACCUUCACAACAACAGAGCUGGAAGGAAGGCUGUCAAGCGGUUCUUGAAGCAAGAAUGCAAGUGUCACGGAGUGAGUGGCUCGUGUACUCUGAGGACAUGCUGGCUGGCCAUGGCUGACUUCAGGAAAACAGGCGACUAUCUCUGGAGGAAGUACAACGGGGCCAUCCAGGUCGUCAUGAACCAGGAUGGCACUGGCUUCACGGUGGCCAACAAGAGAUUUAAGAAGCCAACGAAAAAUGACCUCGUGUAUUUUGAGAAUUCUCCAGACUACUGUAUCAGGGACCGAGAGGCGGGCUCUCUGGGUACAGCAGGCCGCGUGUGCAACUUGACUUCCCGAGGUAUGGACAGCUGCGAAGUCAUGUGCUGUGGGAGAGGCUAUGACACGUCCCACGUCACCCGGAUGACCAAAUGUGAGUGUAAAUUCCACUGGUGCUGUGCUGUGCGCUGUCAGGACUGCCUGGAGGCCCUGGAUGUGCACACGUGCAAGGCCCCCAAGAGCGCUGACUGGACGACCCCUACAUGACCCCAGCAGAGGGCAUCGUCUGCCUUCCUUCCCUCAAGGACUCCAAUUGCACCUGCAAGGACACUGGACUUCUGUGUUGUCUCCGGGGGGCUGUUUCUUCAGGCAUAUGGCCUUCUCGCCACAGAAACCCCUUUUCCCUCUCUGGGAGCCCCAGGACAUGCUGCAUAGAAGUAUACCCUGUUCUGUCUAUCUUGAGCAUUCUAAGGUCACCUCUCUUCUUCCUGCUGACUUCUUUUUGGAAAUGACAUGACAGGCUGUUUUAGGAGGAGGGUCACGGGCCCCCACCACUGUCACCUAGACAUUUCCUCUUUCCUCUUUGGCCAUGGGGAGAAACAACAUCACAUAGUAGAGGAUCUUUCUCUGUGUCUUCCCACAGAUUAUAAUAGAUAAGAAAGUCCAGGCUUUCCUCUGGGGGUGGGGGUGGGUAUGGAAAACAGAAUCAACUGUACCAAAUUGACUUGUAUUUGUUAAGAAGACCAACCAAGGGCUUUUCUAAGUAAUAACUGUUGCUACUGUCCUUGAUGAUUGCCUGGAGAAGAAUGGCUUUCAAUAAACAUCAGGCUAAAAACA